GUGAGAGGCUGGAGGACGUAGAGGACGAGGACCAUGUCUUAACUAUAGCUUCUCCGGACCGGACUGGAGCUUUAUGUUGUUUUAGGAGAUUAUCGUUGCUUCACAUCAUUAUGCUGCUGGCUCUGCUUCUGGCUCUGAGUCUUUGCUCCGGCGCUCGCUCCUCCGAGCCGUCGUCGAUCACCAUCCAGUACCGGGUUUGGGAGGAGCAGCCAACGGGAACCCGGGUCGGCCGUCUGGUGGACGACCUCCGGCAGAGGGACGAGGGCGGUGCUCUGGAGGAUUUCCAGGUGGUGGAGCACGGGAAAGCCCUUCCCUUCUCCGUCAGCGCCCGAGACGGGGUGGUCUCCACCCAGGGCCGGCUGGACCGGGAGGAGCUGUGCCGCGGGUCGGACCUGUGCGAGCUGGCUUUCAGCGUCCUCUACAGGAGGAGCGGUGCCGUGAACUUCCUGCGGGUCCGCAUUGAGGUCAUGGACCUGAACGACCACAGCCCCGGAUUCCCCGGAACGCUGCAGGAAGUGGAGAUCUCAGAGACCGCAGGCCUCAGGAUGCGGAUCCCUUUGGACCGGGCCGUGGAUCCGGACGCAGGGCCGAACGGCCUCCAGACCUACUCGCUGUCUGUCAACCAACACUUUGCUCUGGAUGUGACGAUCGCACCGGGUGGCACCAAACAGGCCGAGCUGGUGGUGAUAAAGGAACUGGACAGGGAGGUUCAGGCCACGUUUGACCUCACCCUGGUGGCCUGGGAUAAAGGGAACCCCCCCAGGUCCGGGAGCACAUUAGUCCGUGUUAAUAUUCAGGACUCAAACGAUAACAGCCCCACGUUUGAGGACAGCACCCCCACUGUGGAGCUUUCUGAGGACACGGCCAGUGGGACAACCAUCAUCCAGCUCAAGGCCACCGACCCGGACCAGGGGGCCAACGGGGAGGUGGAGUAUUCGCUCAGUAAGCACACACGUCCAGAGGUCCAGAAGCUCUUCUAUGUGGAUCCACAAUCCGGAGCGGUGAGUCUCAAAGCGCCUCUGGACCACGAGGCCCAGGCCUCCUAUGAGGUGAUCGUACAGGCCCGUGAUCGCGGGCCCAACGCCAUCCCAACGCACUGCAAACUGCACGUCAAGCUCCAAGACGUUAACGACAACGCACCCAGGAUACACAUGACCUGGACCCCACCCAACUCCCCUGUGGCCACCGUGCUGGAGGGGGCUCUGGAGGACACCUUCCUGGCUCUGGUGAUGGUCUCUGAUGCAGAUUCGGGAGAAAACGGCAAAGUGAGGGCGCACAUUCAGCAGGGAUCCGGCCCUUUUCGUUUAAAACGGAUCCACGGCGACAACUACAUGAUUGUUACCAACGGAAGCCUGGAUCGUGAGAAGGUGAUGCAGUACAACAUCUCGCUGCAGGCCCAGGAUUACGGGGACCCCCCACUGUCUUGUGUCAAACACCUGCUGGUCCGAGUUCUGGAUGAGAAUGACAACGCCCCGGUGUUCUCCACCUCCCUCUAUAAGGCCUCCUUCAAGGAGAACAACAUGGCGGGCUACCGCGCUCUCAGAGUGGAAGCCGACGACGUUGACCUGGAGUUCAGCGGCAGAGUGUCCUACUUCUUACGAAGCCCCAACGAAGUGGAAACAGACGCUCAGUUGUUCUCCAUCCACCGGACCAGCGGCAUCAUCAGCGUCCAGCAUCCUCUGGACUUUGAGGAAUCCAACAGUUACUCCUUCACGGUGGAGGCCGUCGACCAGGGUCACCCGCCACUCACCAGCACGGCCUCGGUGCAAAUAGACGUCCAGGAUGUGAACGACAACCACCCCGUCAUCAAGGAGCCGAAACCCAGAAAGGGUGUGGCCUCCCUGAGCGUAUCGGUCGAUACAGACCGGGGGGAGAUUGUGACGGAGCUGGGGAACGACAUCGAUGAGGGAUUCACCGCGAUGCCGAUCAAUCGCUCGGUCAGAGAGGGACAUGUUGGAUUCCUUGCAUCCACCAUAAAGGCUGAAGAUCCAGAUUCAGGGCUGAACGGACAACUCAGCUACCUCAUCACCGAUGGGAAUCCUGACAAUCUGUUCUGGUUGGACCGGGCGACAGGCCAGCUGUUUGUGAACACCACCAACGCCACCGAGCUCGUUGGGAAAACCUUUCAGGUGGGCGUUGCCGUGUCCGACAUGGGCAGCCCCAGCUUGGCCACCAAGGCGACUCUGGAGGUGACGUUCAUCAACCUUAAGGACCAUCUGAAGAACUCGUCGCCGGGUCACCACGGGCAGCUCAGCUUCACCAUGAUGAUGGCGAUCUGCCUGGGCGCCACCUGCCUGCUGCUGCUGUUGGCCAUUGCCUUGGUGACGACGUUCUGCCGCCCGGUGAAACGGGACGGCCGGGCGUACAACUGCCGACAGGCCGAGUCCACCUACGACCGCCACCCGCGGCGCCCGCAGAAGAACAUCAGGAAGUCCGACAUCCAGCUGAUUCCCGUCAUCAGAGGGCGAAAGGAGGAGCCUCCCGAGGAUGACGGCGAAGCCCAGCCUCUGGCUCCGCCCCCGAUGAUGUCAGAUGAAGAACAAUCUGAGAGGCAGUACACGUUAACGCCGUCGGUCAUGAACACGAGCUUUCAUUCCCAAGGAUACCCAGAAGGGGACGCCAUCCACCACGGCAGAACGCUACGGAAACCUGGAAACAUCGAACUGGACGGCGCUCAGCCUCUGACGCCCGCCACGUCAUACCGGACUCUUCGUAACGCCAGGAUCCCUUCGUCAUCCUCUUCGGUCUCACACUCGAGCACCUUGAGGCGCCAGAAGAACGUUGAAGGGGAGGAGGCGGAGCCGGCGAGGUCGGCGUCCCAAGCGACCCUCAGGAGGCCGAGAACCUCGGAGGGCCGAGGGGGACCCGAUGCAGAACACCGGCAGAUACUAAGGAACCUGGUGCGACUGUCCAUGGCGGCGUUUGGAGACGGCAUCGAGCUUUCCUCUGCUUCACCUGAAGUGCAGCAGAUCUCCCAGCUCCUCUCUCUCCUCCGUCAGGGUCAGCUUCAGCCGAGGCCAAACUUCAGAGGGAACAAGUACUCUCAUCGUCAGGGCAGAUACGGAGGUCAGGACUGUUCUGAUUGGCAGAGCACCAAAGACAGUGGACACGGAGAGAGCGAGGCUGGAGACGUGGACUGGGAACCAGGAAGAGACUCACCCAUAGACCCUCACCUGGAGGAGGGACUCCACCAGCUGCUCAACAGCCCAGAUGACGUCUUCUCAGACAUCAGCGACCCGGCCUGGAUGGCCCGCCUCUCUCUCCCUCUCACCGCAGAUUACCACGACAACGUCUUCGUCCCCAACGGGCCUCCGUCUCCGGAGACUGAGCCUCUUCCCCGGGACGCCCUGGACUCCUCGUCCUUCUCCACCUUCGGUAAAACUCCAGAGAAGGACGGCCCACUGGGCGGGGCCUUGCUGUCGGAGGUCAGCACGCUGUUUGAGAUGCUGAUGACGCAGAAGGCCGACGCCCACCCCGGCCCGCGGCCUGACGUCCUGUACCGCCUCUCUGCAGCGUACCGCCGCUCUCUGGGCCUGGACGCCACCGCCGCCUCAGGAAACGCAGCAAGGAACUCUGGGAACGCUGAGAAGAGGUCGGGCCUGGCUGCUCCCUCAGGACUCUAUCAAUAAGAUCAUCAAUACCAUCAUCAAUACCAUCAUCAAUACCAUCAUCAAUACCAUCAUCUCAUCAAUACCAUCAUCAAUACCAUCAUCAAUACCAUCAUCAAUACCAUCAUCUCAUCAAUACCAUCAUCAAUACCAUCAUCAA